AGCGGCUUUGUUUGUGCGUCCGGUCUUGCUGGGGAAUUCGGUUGCUGCCUCUGUGGUCUCCGUGAAAUCAGGGGACCUCGGGACAGACCUGUACACCCAGAGGGGCUGGAGGUGACCAGGCUGUGGAGGGAGCAGCCCUGCUAGCCCUAGCACAGCCGCGCUCUGACAGCUCCCCCGGGGCGCUGCACGCCUCUGGGUCUUCCUGCUUCUUACCCGAGACGGAGCGGAAGUGUCUCCUCGCGUUGGAUCGUCCCUCUUGUGCAGGUUUUGCCUUCUGGAACCUUUCAAGGUGAGGACUCGGGUGAAAGCCCUGCGGACGUCUGAUGACACGGUAUGUCUGAUGCCUCACUCACCUCCUCCCCCAAAUCCUGGAGAGCCUGCCGUGCGGCUGCCAGGCCUGAAGAGCACGUCAGACGUGGUGUCUGGCGCGAUGGGGCAGAUGGACUCCAGUCAGCAGGUAAGGAAGAGCCGGGAGGAAGGAUCGGUGCUGUGGGCCUGCGUUAGGGGGAGGUGACCCCCUAAAGGGGCUCCUCACAAGCGGGAGUGGGUACGGCUGAAGCAGAGCAGGCAGGCUGGGCUUGCAGGCUGAAAGGAAAGCUUUUUCUGCGCGUAUGCAACACCUCACGUGUGCAUUUUCACGCCAACCCAUUGUCCGGUUGUCUGCGGUCACAGACUGGGCGUCAGCUCCAACGCCAACUACAGGAGUCCAAGCAGACCCCACAGGUUCGGCUCAGACGCCAGCCACAGCUCACCUGCGCCUCUGUCCAGCUGGGCUGCAAAUAAGAGACUCCUACGCCCCGUCUCGGGUUCGGAUGUGGAUGAACAACCAGACGGAGAGUCCCGGGCACAGGAGCUUCGGUCCCCAUGGAGAGCGGGGUGCAUCACCAUCCCAGUGUGGAUGUGUCCUUGUCACCAGCCUGGAAGUCCUCUGAACCCCUUCAGUUCAGAUUUUUGUGGAGGCUUCAUUAUGGCGUGCGUGCUGGUCGGAUCAUCAGCCUGGGAGCAUCCCUGGUUACGUGUGCAGCCGGGUCCGAGGAGCCUGGCCCAGAGGGCCUCACCUCCACCUCCCUGCUGGACCUCCUGCUGCCCACUGGCCUGGAGCCGCUGGACUCAGAGGAGCCCAGCGAGGCCAUGGGACUGGGGACUGGCCUGGGAGCCCCUGGCUCUGGCUUCGCCAGCGAAGAGAGCGAAGAGUCCCGCAUCCUGCAGCCGCCGCAGUACUUCUGGGAGGAGGAGGAGGUGCUGAACGACUCUAGUCUGGACCUGGGACCCACUGCAGAUUACGGUUUUCCAGACCUGACUGAGAAGGCUGGUCCCAUAGAGGAUACGGGCCAGAGUCAAGAGGGGGCGAGCCUCCCAUCUCCCCUGCCCAAGAUGAGCCUGGUGGAGCCACCCUGGCGUGUGGUCCCUGGAGAGGAGGAAGAGGCGGAGCAGCUGCUGCCUGUGACCAGAUCCCAAGAAGAACCCCGAAGUCAGGUCCACGGCUUUCCUCCCACCGGCAGCAGCCAGACCCCAGGGGCCCCCGAACACCGGCACGAAGAGUCUGGGGACCAGGCCUCCUCGGGUGUGGAGGUGGGGAGCAGCAUGGAGCCGAGCCUUUCCCUGCCCACAGUCGCCCCAAGUCCAGUGACCCUGGGCGGUCAGGAUGUGGCCGACUGGGGGGCAGGGGGCACGGUGUUGCCAGCCGCAGGGCACAGGCUAGAGUUGGAGGCCCCUCGGGAGCCCAGUGAGGAGGCCACUGCGGAAACAGCUGGCUUGGCCGGCCGGCCGGGGGAGGGACCGUCCCCGGCCUCGUUCCCUCAGACAGAAGCUCCCGGCGGGGCUGAGGCCUCAGACGAAGACCCCACGCACCCUGGAGCCUCAGCCUCUUUCUCACUGGCUCCUGGAGACACGGAGCUGACACCUUCCUCUGCUGCCGUGGGACGAGAAACCCUCAGCCAGCUGCCCCAGGAAGGGCAGCCCGCCGCUGCUCCGUCUGGGACACCCUGGGACUCCACGCAGGUGAUCUGCAAAGACUGGAGCAACCUAGCCGGAAAGAACUACAUCAUCCUGAACAUGGCGGAGAACGUGGACUGUGAGGUGUUCCGGCGGCACCGGGGGCUGCAGCUCCUGGCCCUGGUGGAGGGGGCGCUGCCCCGCCACGGCCGCAGCCGCCACGGGCACUGGCGCAUCUCCCUGAGCAAGCCCAGCGAGAAGGAGCGGUACCUGCUGAUGACCUUGGUGGGCGAGCAAGGGGUGGUGCCCACUCAAGACGUCCUCUCCGUGCUGGGCGACAUCCGCAGGAGCCUGGUGGAGAUUGGCAUCCAGAACUACUCCACCACCAGCAGCUGCCAGGCCCGGGCCAGCCAGGUACGCAGCGACUACGGGACGCUCUUUGUGGUGCUGGUGGCCAUCGGCGCCAUCUGCGUCAUCAUCAUCGUGCUCGGCCUGCUCUAUAACUGCUGGCAGCGCCGGCUGCCCAAGCUGAAACACGUGUCGCACGGCGAGGAGCUGCGCUUCGUGGAGAACGGCUGCCACGACAACCCCACGCUGGACGUGGCCAGCGACAGCCAGUCGGAGAUGCAGGAGAAGCAGCCCAGCCUGAACGGCGGCGGCGCCGUCAACGGCCCGGGGGGCUGGAGCGCGCUCAUGGGGGGCAAGCGCGACCCCGAGGACUCGGACGUAUUCGAGGAGGACACGCACCUGUGAGGGGCUGUGCCCCGCCCGGCCCUCGGCGCGGGGUCCCUGCUUUCCCCCGACUCACGACGCACCUCGGCCCCAUCCCCGUCCCCACCCGACGCCCCGAGGGGCUGCCCCGGGACCCCAUUAAAGCCGCCCGGAGAGCACACCGGGCCCCGCG